AAUAGUUUUUAGAAUUAGUUUGAAUUAUUUAAAAUAGUUUUGAAUAAUUAAUUUUAAUUUAAUAUUUGCUUUUAUUACACAUACAUAUAUUUUCCACAUGGAUGAGCAUACAUCAGAUGCUAGUGUUCAUCCCGAGGGCACUAACCAGACAUCUACACAGUCUGGUCCAAUACCCUCCAUUGAUAGUCAGCGCAGGGCUCAACUUUUUGUCGAGACCAUUCUUGCCCUACAACAUGCACUAGAUCAUCUUGAUUCCACAUUACUUGUCGCCGCUGCCCAACCAAAUAAGGAAAGGGCAUAGACUAUUAGAGAUCAGUUGGUUUGUAUGAUUGACACUAUUCAGACAUAUAGUCCUUAUGAUGAAAUGUCUAUUGAUUCUUUCUAUAGAUCCCUUUCUCGUAGUGUGAUUGGCACAAUGAAAUGAGACACCGUGAACAAGGAUGUAUCUUCCACACAGGUCCAUACCAUGUUCCCCGAUUAUCAGGGUCUGAGAUAGAAGAAGAUUAGGGGCUAUUUAGUUACUAGAUGCACUGAUCCGAUUGUUGCCCGAUUCAUAUAUCCUAGAUGGUUGGCAACUCAUCAUAUGUGGCCAUACAAGGAUGAGUUGCCACUUUAUUUAUGCAAACAAUUGUUUGUAGAGUUUCAUAUGGACCUAGAUGUUGAUUAUACUAGUAUACCAAUGAAUGUUGGACAAGGCAGAGGGAGGCUCAAUGAUAAAUAUAGAUGACCUGAUGUAUCGGCGCUCGUUAAUAAAUGAGCAUUAGUUGGUCCAAACCUACUGGUUCUACCAAAAUGUUUGGAGUUAUCACAUACAAUCGAUGCAGCAGCUGAUGAUGCCAGGCGAGAUAUCUACUCGAGCAUUGUAGAGAUUGCCACUCAGGUUAGCUAGAUGACAUCUAAUCGUGUUGGGAGAUAUCUCUUACGGUCACAGACUACCAUUGCACGGGCUACAAAUGCGACAUCCAACAGUGGCACUGAUCUUUACGCUUGUGUGGAUAUACCAUCUCCACUUGACGCUAGACAGUUGACAAAGGUUGAUCCUUUGCAAUGGAUGAGUGCAUUGUUGUCCAACGACUUAUUGGAUUCAUAUUCAACUCUUUCUUCGCUUCUUGGGAUCCCACUCAAGGAUGUACCGACACAGGUGAGACAACUUGUACAUAGAGACUAUGGUGGUAGAGCGUCUCAGGGUGAUAUGGGGAGAGAGGAGGGAGUUCCAGUGCACCUUACAACCCCUCCACCACAUAUUGAUGUUGAUCCCACACCUCCUCCUCAACCUACACCAGUUGAUCCGACACCUGAGCCACCACGACCUACACCUAUGACUUUUAUACCUCCUGCUCAAGCUCAUGGUCACUAUACUAGUAUGCUCGUUCACGGUUUAGAGGAUGCAUCGCUGGAUCUAGAUGUUGACGACGUGUCCUUCCAUUCAUCUAAGAUUAGCAUGAUUGGGAGAGCCUUCAAGUUUCGUGAGGGUCCUACUACAUUGGAGACAUUAGGAGAUCUGCAACCUCCUUCUGCUCCUGCACAUGGUCACAGUCAGGAAGAGCAUUUAGAACAUGGAUCAACGGAGGGCCCACCGAGCAGUUUAUGUGCAUGUGAUCAUUGUUUGAUGAUAUUAUAUGUAGAGUGCAUGUACUUUUUUUUAACUUAUGUGUAUCUGACACUUGUUUGAUGAGAUUGUAUGUACAUAUGAGACACUUGUACAUGUUUGUUUAUGUAUAUGACACUUGUUUGUUUAUUACAUGUAUUUAU